UCCGUAUGAGAAGACAUUGCUGAUCUUGCAUUACCUGGCUCAGAAACUUCAUAAAAAGCUGAUUUCCAGUAUUGUAUAGGCAAAUAAUUGGAGGGGAUUAUUGUAUCAUCCUCUAAUAGUUUCCUGUGAAGUAUUUAGGAUGUAUGAAUCAAAUGAAAAAUAAGCUGUUGGAAAAACAUUCUUCUUGCACUUCUGAAAAUCAGCUCAAAUAUUCAACCAAAUCAAGGAGUAAAGUUUGCAACUAAUUGCCUGACCACUUCAGGAAGGACACAAUGUCUCUGGGAGUGCAUUCUCACAACACGGCUGACCCAGUCUAGAGAGAAGCACAAAUGAGUGGUGAUCCGGUGCCAGAUUGUCAAGGGAACUGAGGGCUACCCUAAUUGCAUAAGGAGUGCCAUCCUUCAACAAACUUCACCCAACUUCACAAUGGCUAACAGGCUAAAAUGGAGUACAGGCUUGAAACAGAACUGACUACCGCUCCUAUUCCGUUACAGGCAGCAUAGGAACAAUUUGGGUUAACUAUGACAGUUUUUGCCACUGCUCUUUGGUUUUGUAGGCAACUAUGUGCAUACCUAGUUCAUCUCCUGAAAAGGUGCAGCAGAUACCUACAGAGAAUAUUCACAAAUAACCGAAGUGUUUGGGACGAAACUGAUUUGCUCACUUUCUGUGCAAAAGAAUGGAAAGACGAAACAGAGCAGGCGAAACAAAUGAGAGAGUCUUACAAAACAUUAUUUUGGAGUUACCAUGUGAAAUAUAUAAGACAAGUCAGUGGAGAUAAAUACUGUUUGCUGAGAGCUGUGCUAUUCCAGAUAUUCAGCCAAGGUCUUCCUCUCCCAUCAUGGACUAAGGCUACAGAUAUACUAAAGCUACCUGAAAAACUUCUUUAUUCACAAGGAUGUAAUUGGAUCCAGCAGUACAGCUUCGGAUCACAAAGAUAUACAGGUUCAAAUAUACUAGGAAAAUUACGUAAAUGUAUUGAAGCAUUAAAAGGACAGUGGAUGGAAAUCAGUGGUAUUAAAGAUCAAGCUCAAAGACAGAAUUUUUGCAAAGCUCUUUUUACCGGUGGAAGCAUGGAGCAUAAAUUCUAUGAGGCCAUAAAAUUCCUCAUGCUCUAUCAAGUAAUAGAAGCUUAUGAACUCUUGGCCAGUAACCAGGAAUGCAUUCCAAACUUUUUUACUGACCUUUUUAGACGGGAUACUUCCUUGGACCCUUUAAGUUACAUGAUGAAUCAUCUGAACUCAAUAGGAGACAGAAGAGGUCUUGAUCAGAUCGAUCUAUUUCUUCUCGAGCAUUCUCUUGAAGUAAAAAUAAUAGUUUAUAGGUUGUAUAAGAUUAAUACCAAAGAUUUCCUAGAAACAUACACAGAUGAAUAUCAGAGGAAUUGGCACGAGGUCCUCCUUCUAACUGAAGACGACCGUCAUUAUCAUAUUCCUGUUGUUAAGAUAUGACUACUUGAGGCUGACAUAUAUUUCUACAUCAAAUCCUUCUGAAUAAAUUUGUUCAGAUGAAUGGUAUCCUGUAUUUAAGUAAUAUCUCUGCUAAAUAAAAAUAUGUAUGAAACAGUUAUUGGCUAGGCUAUCUUUCAGUUAAAUCUACUCCCAAAUUUUUUAUUUGUGAGGAAUAAAAUGAUGAAAUUAUGUAUUUCAAAGUAAAGUUCUCACUACCAAUAUGCUGAAGGCUCUAGUUUAUGGUAUCACCUGGUUAUUAUAAUGCCAACUGACAAAAGAUUGUGUAUUUCUGUUAAGAUCCAUUUGUAUUAGAGAUAAAAGUGCCACAAAUUUUAACAAUAAUAAUAAUUCCCUGAUCUCUAGUAAGUAAGCUGUCAUUCUAAGACAAAAGAGAUUGAAGGAUCUUUAAUAAAAAGAGCUUCCACAUCUUCUCCAUUUCAUACACUAUCUAAAGAAUUCAGCAAACUAUAAUGUAAAAUAUGUACAUUUAUAAUAUAAAUUGUAACACUGAAACACUCAAAAGUCUAUGGCGAUUAGAGAGAAAGAGCUAUGUCUGCUUAUAUACAACACUAAGUUAAAAGUUGGUUUGUUUCUUUCUUAGCUUGAUGUGAUAAAUUACAAACUAUAGUGCACAGUUACAGAUUACAGUAAAUCUGAAAACAAGCUGAUCACUUUAUCUGAUUUGUGCUUACUGCUGCAUGUCAGAGGGGCUAUACAAUAUUUUCUGAACUUAGUCAUUGGAAUUUAAGCUGUUGCACAAAAGUUGUUCUCUCUAUCAGUUCCUUCAGAAACCUUUAAAAUUACUUCAGACUACUUAGUUUAUUUAAAAAAAUGCCCUGAUCAUUUAUCAUACAAUGUAAAAGCAAAAAGCAUGUCAUAUUCUUAUUGUACAGUGGAUCUAAUCAUGUUCUCAGUCAAGUAGCUAGUAGUUUGUAUUGUUAUAACAAACUUUUAUAGCCUGUGGACUUUAAUCAGCCAAAUCACUUUUGCAAAAUUGGCAUGUUGUAUUUUUAAUGAAUUAUUUCU